AGAAAAGUGCGCUAAAGCUCUAUGGGUGGUCCGUAGAGCUUACAACAUGGCCCGUAUCUGCUCAGGACUCAACUGCAUGACACAGCGCCGGGAGACUGGUCGACAGGAUGCGGCAGUUCGUCUCAAAGCGAUUUUCGCGCAUGGUAGAAGAAGUUUGAAAGCGUGCUACUUCCAUCAGCUCCGAUCGUGGCAUUCAAUGCAUAAAAGAGAGAAAACAUGCUAUCUCUUGGCAAUCGUAAGUGUGCUGGCCAUAUUUGGAUGGAUGGGAACAUAUCGCUCCGCUAUCAAAUGUAGUGCACCACAAGUUUUAUCACCAUUUCACGCUCGAAACGUACGCCAAGAUAACGCUGAAGCGCCCCAGUACGAAAACGAUGAUCUACCGUUUCAUCCGUUCGACAACGGAUGUAAAUUUGCGAUGCCAAACGCUUAUGCAAGCGACAUCGUGUAUUUCCGCGUUGGCGAACGCUUGCGCCAGUUGAAGUGCAAAUACGAUGACUAUGAUUUUGCGACUAUGGACAGUGAGGGAUAUAUGUAUGUUCAUCCUCAUUUCACCCAAUUUCCAAAUGUGACUAAUGACGUGAAAUGUAAGGUCAUUUUUCUAGAAGGAGGGAUUCGCAGCAGAAAUUCUAGUGCAAAUAAGUUUGUAGAGGUUGGAACAGUAGAGGCUCCAGAGAACAAGCGAUUUCUUGCAAAUGGUGACGCAUUUCUCAUACGUUGCUAUCAGGAAGGCACAAACAACACAAAACAAGUAUUUCAGAAAGUUUUUGCAGGAAUGACGGACCUCAUGAAAGAAAAGCAUAAAGUGUAUAUUGUUGAAGACACAGAAUCUUUUGAUAAGUUUGGCCGAAAACGGAAAGGUCCAGAAAAACUUGAGCAACCUUCUCGAUAUUCUAUUGAUAUUCUUACGUUCGACUCUACAUCACGCACGAUGACAAUGAGGCACAUGCCAAGAACAGUCGAAAUGAUGCAUAAACUUGGUUAUGAGAUACUUUACGGCUAUACCAAGGUUGGCGACAACUCGAUGGUUAAUCUUGAACCGAUCCUGGCUGGCGAUAUUCCAGAGGCAUUAGCAGAGAAGAAACACGACGACUCAGGCGACAUAAAUAAAAAUUGGAUUUUACCAACAACAAAGAAGCUGGAUCCUACUCCUCUGCCCUUCUUAUGGAAGAUUAUGAAGGAAAAGUACGGCUGUCGCACAAUGUUCAACGACGACAUCGCCGUAGCCGGUCGAGGGAUCUUCCAUUAUCCGCCGCAAGAAUUUCAGUUUGGAUUCACAACGCCUCCAGCAGAUCAUUACUAUCGUCCCUACUAUCUCGCUCUCUACCAGAACUGGACAUACAGUGUCUGCAAAGACGGUGGACAGAUUCAGCAGGAGUUUGUUGAUUUAUGGCGUCGAUUUGCCAAUAGGUACAAAAGCAUAUGCCAUUUCGGAUUCACCUUCAUAACAACUCUAACCCACGAAGCCGGUCUUCUGAUUGAAACGAUGGACGAAUUUGUCAAAUCCAGUCUUGAGGAUCUCUUCGUGAACGGUGCUUUGGACAACAGUGUCAGCGUCAUUAUGGGUGAUCAUGGAAAUCGUAUAGGAUUGGUUCAAUAUUCAUACACAGGUAGAAUUGAAGAACGAAUGCCUCUCAUGGCUAUUCGACUGCCAAGUAAUUUUAAAACACUCUAUCCGAAAGAGUACGGAAAUUUUCUGGCAAAUAAAUGGAAGCUUACAAGCAAUUUCGAUAUACAUCAGACUCUAAAAGAUAUCGCGCUAAUGCGGCUUGGUGCUGAUAGACCUGCUACUCGUGAUGAAGGUCGUGGAAUCAGUCUUUUUGAUGAGAUACCCUCGAACAGAUCCUGUUAUGACGCUUAUGUUGCUGAAAACUUCUGCACUUGCCUAGUACAUCGACCAAAUCUUACCAUGCCUAAAGAAAAAGAUGUGCAAAAGAAGAAAAUGAAAUUGGUAAAAAAAUACAACGAUGCCAUAACUUACUGGAUAGAGGAAAAUAGGCUAGGAUCAUGCCUCUAUAGCAGCAAUAUAUCGAUAAGCGAAGAUGUAAAAGUGCUUGGUAUAAAUCCGCUCGUCCGUCAAGGAUUGCGCACAAAGGAAAACACCACUAUUGUGGAUGCAGCCCUCAAAAAACCUCCAAAGAUGGAUUUCCUUUACCAUGAGUUUAUCACAACGCAAAAGCUCUUAAAUGGAGAAAACAUUGUGCUCCUUUAUCGAGUUGAAGAAGAACUGUUCCGCUCAUUCCAUUUUUCGAAUAUGUGA